CUUGAAUUGAGGGUUAUCUUCUGCAAACCGCAGUGACUUUGCCUCAGCACUUGUCUCGAUCAUUCGUCGUAUGCGACAAACAAGGACUGAACUGUCACUGUACAGCGAAACCAUCAACUGUCUUGGACUGAUCACCCCCAUUGGUUAAUAGAGUGGACACCACUCAAUCAGACUCAAAAUGGCCGACGACGAAGAGAAUAUGAGCGAUGACUUUAGCCAACAAGAUUCAGAACAGGCGCAGAAGAUCAUCAACGAAGAAUACAAGACCUGGAAGAAGAAUGCGCCAUUCCUCUAUGACAUGAUCCUCAGUACCGCCUUAGACUGGCCAACACUGACAACGCAGUGGUUUCCAGAUGUCACACCAGUUCCCAAUUCCAACUACUCGCGGCAUCGGUUACUGAUUGGAACCCACACGGCCGAAGGAAAAGACAACUACCUUGAGAUCGCCAAUGUACAACUUCCCAAUCCUCAACGUCCAGAAGCCAAGGAUUAUAAUGAAGAGACUGGAGAAAUUGGUGGAUAUGGUGGAGGACCGACCAGCAAAUCUCAAUUCGAGGUCAAAUUCAACAUUGUGCAGAAGAUCCUUCAUCCUGGCGAAGUCAACAAAGCUAGAUACCAACCUCAGAACCCCAACCUCAUCGCAACCAUGUGCACAGAUGGUCGAGUGUUGAUCUGGGACAAGUCCAAAUUCCCGAGUAUCCCUGAAAAGACAAUCAAUCCCACCUUACAGCUCCUAGGGCAUGAAAAAGAGGGAUAUGGGCUGAGUUGGAACCCUCACCAAGCCGGUCACCUGGCCACGGCUAGCGAAGAUGAAACAGUGAGAUUGUGGGAUAUCACAAAAGGGUCCAAGACCCAGCGAGAAUUGAGAGAGACACGAUGCUACACCCAUCAUACGGGAAUUGUGAAUGACGUACAAUACCACCCUACACUCCCCAAUCUACUCGGUAGCGUGUCAGACGAUCUCACCAUGGCCAUUCUCGACCUGCGACAAGCAGAUACCACACGGGCCGCAGCAGUAUCUCCGACGAGCCAGCACAAGGGAGCCAUCAAUGCGAUUGCGUUCAAUCUCGCAGCGGACAAUGUGGUUGCAACAGGGAGUGAGGACAAGACUAUUGCGAUCUGGGACUUGCGAAACCUCAACAACAAGCUCCACGCUCUCGAAGGUCAUACAGACGCAGUGACAACGUUAGAAUGGCAUCCGAUGGAGGAAUCUGUGCUCGCAUCAAGUAGUUAUGACCGGCGGAUCAUGUUCUGGGACCUGGCCAAGGUGGGAGAGGAACAAGCGCCAGAGGAUAGUGAAGAUGGACCACCCGAGCUCAUGUUCAUGCAUGGAGGGCACACGAACCGCAUCAGCGACUUCUCAUGGAACAAGAACAGCCCCUGGGUUCUGUGCAGUGCUGCAGAUGACAAUUUGAUCCAGGUGUGGAAAGUGGCGGAUGCGAUUGUCGGUAAUGACGACGAGGAUGUCCCCAUGAAUGAGCUGGAAGGAUGAGACUCGAAUGGUCCUUUAGCAGUGGCUCACAUAAACCAGUAUCAGGCAAUUAAAAUCAUGAGCGGAAUGGGAUGAUUGGUGUCUGGCCAGUGGUCACUAAUAAAAGCAAACGCGAAAAGUGUAGCC